GGUCUUUGUGCUUUGCUCUUAAGUAUUGAUUUCGCCCCCUGACUCUGGUCUAAAUUCUAUUAUACUAGCUGAACUCAACUACAAGUGGCCAUGAUUGCGUACGCGUCGGUCAUUUUUGUAGCGAUGUGCGGCAUUGUUGCCGCACAAUCGACGCUGCUGGUGUCGAUGCCCUACGCCGCCGCCAUCGACUCAGGAUCGAUUCUGGCGUAUGACGAGAGCACAGAUCUGACGACAUUUAUUCUCGACCUACCCUAUGUUCACCCUUUUGAGCCAUACCCAGAGACACUGGAGCCACAUGCCACUGUCACGCAGGGAGCGACCACGUUUGAAGAGCACUACACCAUGCAUGGUACAGAAUCCCUCGGCAACAGACUCUAUGCUGUUGAUAUUGCCGAAAAAUGCCACUACAAGCCUGAGGACAAGUAUGGUACCUGCAUUGGUUACGGUGUCACUUAUUACAAGGACCGGGAUGAGACAUCGAUUACAACAGACUUCAACACAAACAGUGAAUUCAAGCAACACUACAUCAUCACAAUCACGGGUGGAAUUGAGAAAUUGCCUAGCACUGCCACUAAUGCACAGCCAGCAUCUGCCCAGUCCCUCAGCACUAGUGGUAGGGCAACAGCGAAGAGCGUCUCGAGUCAGUCGACAGCGUCGCAAACAGGUUUUGACCCAAAGACCACCGGCAGCGUAUUUGGCAGUAUUCACAGUACGAAUGAUGAAAAGAGUCACUCAAGCAGUGCUACUUCGACAAGCAAUGGGUCCAGAGUGGCUCAGAACACGGUGUUGUUCAUCGCAGCUCUUGCCUUGGCAGCAAUGCAGCUGUGAUGUACAGAUACACCGUAGACAUUAUGUUUCCAUUACAUAUGAAUUAACAAAGUUAUUCGAUAUUAAAUCUAACAUGUCAAAACUUUUAACUACGUUAUACACAUGGUAAUCCUAAGUAUUCAGCACCACUAGUGUAUGGCAAUGGGCAGCUCUACAAGUUUCCAAGAGUAGGUUUAGGCCAACCACGAAUUUCGGUAAACCAGCGCGACUUGUACAAUGCACUACCUGAAUAUAAAUCGGGUUGUUUCUUGCCUUGAACCAGAACAUUUACACGUGUAGGAAACGUGUUUGUCCACGGUGCCUGCGUAUACAGUGCCAUCCCAUCGACAACACUGACACUCUUCAAAUCAGAUCGCGGGAGAUUGACCCCAUCACUGCCGACACGGCGAUCAACAGACUCGAAUCCUGGGAAGUACUGUUUGGCGACAGCCUCUCCGUGCGUGAAUGUCUCGGUUGCGAUAUCAAACAAGUACAUUUCCGCAUCCGUCGUCACAAUGAGCUUGUCUUCAUCUGGCAGGGGGGUUAAGUCAUGCGACCCCUCCCACCACAAUGUAUCGUUACCAUUCUCAGUAGUAAGACGUAGCGGAGCAGACACGUUAUAGCUGUGGUACGGCGUCUCGUCGAUUGUGCCAUCGUUGAAGCGAUAGGCAUUUAAAAGAGCACGAGACUCCGCCUUGCCAUAGGGGGGCUGAUCAUUGCCAGCAGCCCAAAGUAGCUGGCGCUUAUCGUCCCAGACAAGAGCAUGCACAGCAGGCAUGAGAUGAAUCUGCUGGGCAGGCUUGGGGUACGCUUCGAGCGUCGACGACAUAUUGUAGAUAUUGAUGCUUUGGCUCAUGCCAGAGUUGUCGUUGGCGAUGGCCAGCUUGUUAUUGGGCAGAAGCUCGAGGCUGUGGGUGUUGCCAAGACCAUUGCCAGAGAGGCACAGGCCGUAGAGGAGCUGCUUGUCUGUGGCUGAGCCGGGUUGAUGGUUGAUGAGCAGCGCGGCAUAGGAGUAGAUGACGACGAUAGCAUUGCCGCCACUCACCCAUUUGGCGUCCGUUGCAGAGGCGCCAUCCAUGCACUUGCGCAGGUCUGCAGGCAUGGACUGGUUAGCGACGUCGGCCUUGGUCCAUGUCCAUUUUGCGGUUCCAGCAAUGUCGGAUAUGAUGAUGCGCGGGUCAUAUGUAUGAUCAGAGCGCACACCGGUAAUGACGUCAAUGUUCGGUGCUGCUGCAGCGAGGGCCGGUAGCAGACAUGCGGUAAUACUCGUAAGGAAGUGCAUGAUGGAUGGACCAAGACGGUUUGGUGGAUGGGCCAAGAUGAUUCUGGAAGAAAGGAAUUGGGGAGUAAACAGGAUGUGAGCUGGUUUUUGUUCGCGCUAAGAUUAAGCGAACCGAGAUCCAGCGGGCAGUGCAGUCGGUUAGAGGCGGCAGGGUAUCACUGCAGACUG